UGUUUGGAUAUAUGUAUUUAUAUGACAAAUGGACUACACAUCAACACAAGGCUGAUGACGCCUUUUCCCAGUUUUGACAGGAUUACUUUAUUCUUCCACUGGUUGUUAUGCAGCAAGUGUUGACUCCAAACACCUUCAUCACCUGAUUUAAACACACUGCUUCAUACAGUCUGCAGUUAAAGUCAUGUUGGAGGACAGUUUUACACGAUGAGUUGACCAUCUAACCUACCAUGAUGGAAUCUGGUCUGUCAUCAUCCACAAAUCCUGUACUUCUCCUCAACACCAGCAGCUACGUCAAUAACAGCAAUAACUGGAGUGGCCUCGUUGACAGUGACUCACUGAGGAUCAAUCGCACUCUGAGCAGCCACGGCCGCUUACACAACGUCCUGCUGGGGGUCUUUCUGGGACUCAUCUCUCUCCUUACCAUAUUCAUGAACCUGCUUGUGCUCUACGCCGUGAAGCGAGAGAAGAGCCUGCACACAGUCGGGAACCUCUACAUCGUCAGCUUGUCAGUGGCGGAUCUGAUUGUGGGGACCACAGUCAUGCCUCUGAACUUGGUGUAUUUACUGGAGGAUGAAUGGAGGCUGGGUCGGGCUGUCUGCCAGUUUUGGCUCAUUAUGGACUACGUGGCGAGCACAGCCUCAAUUUUCAGCUUGUUCAUCUUGUGUUUGGACCGGUACCGCUCAGUCAGACAGCCGCUUAAGUACCUUAAGUAUCGAACGCGAGGAAAAGCCAGUGUGAUGAUUUCUGGGGCCUGGCUGCUGUCGAUUAUGUGGAUAAUUCCAAUUUUAGGAUGGAGGUCAUUCACACACGUAGACCUGAAACCUGAGGAGGAGAAUAAGUGUGACACAGAUUUCCGCUUCGUCACGUGGUUUAAGGUCAUUACUGCCGUCUUCAACUUCUAUGUGCCCUCGAUUUUGAUGCUGUGGUUUUACACAAACAUCUACUUGGCCGUGAGACAGCAUCUGAGGGACAGGGAGAGAAUCAUCCAUCCAACUGACUCGUUUGAGAAUGAGAAUGGACAAAAUGUCAAAACACCUGAGAAAGAUUCCCCAAAAUCACCAGGGAGGGAGUGUAAAGCUCCGCUCAAACUCUCUAAAAAGCAACGCCUGCUGGACCACAACACUCUCGACCAGGCGUAUUCACUCGAAGAGGCUGAUAAAACCAAAAUUGCUCCUUCUGCAUCUCACAGGAAAAUUGUUGUCAAGUGCCAGCAGACAUCGCUGCUUGCCAUGACAACAGAGCGACUCAGAAUUGCACGAAAGGCCAAACGGUGCUCCCUGGCCCCUGAGGCGAAGCAGCCAGAUGCUGAUAUUCCCCUGAGGAACAACUCGGUGCCCAAGGACGUCAUUUUCUUCGAGGGAAAUUAUGAGCACAAACUUCAAGCAUCGUUAAACGAAUGUCACGUCACAGUGCCAAACUCAGUUAGCGGCAUCUGCGAUAUCAGUCAGGUGUCCAAUGUGCAGAGAUACACGUCGGCGCUCUAUACCACCUACGACCCCAGUCAGGCUCUGCCGUGGACGGAUGAAGGGGUUGAAGACGCCGAAUUGGACCCGGCCAACGCGCUGACUCUGAGACAGACAUGGCAAAAGUUUAUAGAACAAUCACGUCAGCGCAUCCAGAGUCUAAGGAUCCACAAAGAGCACAAAGCAGCCAAGCAGUUGGGCUUCAUAAUCGCUGCGUUCUUGUUGUGCUGGAUUCCGUACUUCAUAGCUUUCAUGGUCAUGGCGUUCUGCAGAGAGUGUGUGCACCAUGACCUGCACAUGUUCACGAUAUGGCUGGGUUACAUCAACUCCACUCUCAACCCUUUCAUAUACCCACUCUGCAAUGGGAACUUUAAAAGGGUCUUCAAAAGUAUUCUGAACAUUCGUUUGUGACAGGAAAACAAGCAGAACAAAAAUCUAAGACGCUGCUGAUGGACAAAACCAUUGAAUGUCUGUUGUUUCUGAUUAUUUUUAACUUUGUUGCUCACAGCACUUCUCAGACUCGGGGGAACAGUUUGGAUGAUGUCUGAACUUGAUGUUAUUUAUUUUGUCUGUGUUAUGCUACAGUGAUAGUAACAAUUGUGUGGGACUAGAGGUCUUUACACUGAGAGGAAUUUGAUCUCUGAACCAGGGAAACAGGGGCACAUUUCUGUUCUUGGCUCUGAUGCAGAACGAUGGAAACUAUGUCCAAAAAUUGUUUUUAAAGAUAAUCUUUUCCUUAUUUAUUCAUCUUUUUUUGCACCAUAAAUCUAGAGAAACAGGGACGUGAUUCAACCGGAUGCUGGUAGAUUUGUAUUGUUUUACAAGCACUGUCAUGAAUCACAAUUUUUUUCUUUUUUGUUUGUCACGUUUUCUCAUUAUUAAAACAGGAUAUGAGACAUCAGGGCAUCCAGGGAAAACACAAAUCUUGGCAUUUGUCUACUGAGCUGAAAAGGGAUCUAUUCUUUUGUCCUUUUGUUUCAUGCUUCUAUUUAAAGGUCUGCAAAAAUUAAAAAAAAGCUUACAGUUAUUUCAUUUAGUUUUUCAGAGAUUAAAGCCAUUAUCUUCAAAAUUAUUCGCCAUGAAGUGUUCUGGUCUGGUUUCAUGUAGAAGAUGCGAGUGAAUCAUUAAAUACAUCAUGUAAAGAAAUUUAACAAUCAACAAAAUACAUAUGCUAUUAAUUCAUAUCGACAUACACAGUGUGGAUAGGCUGCUAUACAGUUGUUAAAUAGUGGCUGUGUGUCUGAAUCAAAACACCACUGUCUGCACCGCGCCUGCUUAAAUCCUGUUGUCAAACUGCAUGAUUGUUUUUGCUCUAACAAAACUGCCCUUUAGCUACUGAUUGCCAAGCUUACUCAUUUCUCAUUCAUCUGUUUUAUGAUGUGAUGUGGCACCUUUUCUGCCAUUAGCCUACGAGCAUCAAAUGCCAUUUCACCCCGCUGCAGGAAAGAGCCCAUAAAUUUGAGACUCCUGUAAUGCAUCGGUAUUGAUUAAAUAUUUGGAAACAAACACACAAAGAGCUUCCAGUGUGCUCGAGCGUCACAGAACAACACACAGUAUGGCUCCCAUUAGGAAAAGGCUUUGCCUGCAAUCUCACUGUGGAAAAACAUUUUACCGUUCACGUAAUAUCAAUGUGUUCAGAUUUUCAAAAGCAGUUUGUUAUGUCGAGUGAUUUGCAUUUUACAUGUCAGGGGCCAAUUGGUGUAUUUAAAAUUCUUGCAUGUGAAUUAUACUGUUGGAAAUCAGGUUGUAAUAAUUAAAAGUGCUGUCUAUUACUCCAACACAAAUGUGGCUCAAGAAACCCAUAAUGUCUCCUGUGCACAAUGAACACAGACUGGUUGUGAGUCACUACUUAGCCAAAUCAAACAAAUCAGAGGGUGGGGUGGAACUGAGCUGGAAGAGGUGAUGAUGUGUAGAUGUGUGUGUGUGAUAGCACUGAGUACAUCUCUGUCAACAGAAUGGAGCCAGUGUCAGGCUGGUAUUCAGGAAAAACACGGGUCUUUGAGAUAUCACAAAUCAAAGCCUUUAAGUUUGGCUCGUAGAUACAAAUAACUUUGUACGGAAAUUCUGUCCCAUUGUGACAGUGCAUUCAUCACGUUUAAUACUCACCUCGGAAAGUUUUUAUGUGCAUGUACAUCACAUGGGCGUCUCUGAGAGCUUUUUUUCUCUAAUGCGAAUAAAUUCC